AUGUUAUUUCUCAAAUUUCUUCUCAUUACAACUAUUUGUAUCUUCUUCAUCGAAGGAAAAAGAAGAAAUGAACAAAAACGAAUAAAGAAGAAAACAUCAAAAAAUGUUUAUGCAUUGUUAAUUGUCGAUGUUCAAUAUUGUUUUAUUAAUGGUUCAUUAGCAUUGAAUCAAAGUUCAGCUCGACAAAAUGGUGCAGAAGUUAUUCCGGUCAUAAACAAACUGAUCAAAAGUGUUCCAUUCGAUGUUUUCGUUUAUACAAUGGAUUGGCAUCCGAAAGAUCAUAUUUCAUUCAUCGACAAUAUCAAAGAUCGCCAAGAAUAUGUGUUAGGUGAUCAUUAUGAACAAUACAAAAUAGGCGACACUGUGACAUAUACAGGACCAAAAUAUUGGACAAAACAAAUCUUAUGGCCAACACAUUGUGUACAAAAUACUUUUGAAGCACAAAUUGCUGAAGAUCUUAUUCAUCCACUUCCAAAUCAAAAGAUUUUUUAUAUAAAAAAAGGUACUGAUCCAGAUGUUGAUAGUUAUUCAGCAUUUACUGAUAAUAAUAAACUUCAUAUGACAAUAUUAAAUGAGAAAUUAAAAUCAAAACAUGUUACUCAUGUAUUUAUAUCUGGUUUAGCAUUGGAUUAUUGUGUUGCUGCAACAGCUUUAGAUGCAAAACAUUUCAAUUAUAAAACUUUUGUUAUUCAAGAUGCAUGUCGAGGUGUGGAUGAAAAAACAAUCAAAUUUCAAUUAAGAAAUUUCAAAAAGAAUCACAUUCGAAUUGUUCAAUCAGCGGAUAUUAAAAAGAUUAUUAAACACGAAGAUCAAAAGACAAAUUUAUAA